AUGUUUAUUAGAAGAUGUUGUCAAUGUGUUGCUAACUCACAACCACUCCGCUCCCUCUCCUCAUCAUUCGGUCUCCUAGUUGAUAUAGAUGGAGUCCUCAUAAGAGGCGCCAGAACUAUCCCUGGGACAGUUAAAGGUUUCCAAAAGUUAUCAGACGGCAAAGGGAAUCUAACACAUCCUGUAGUGUUCCUGACCAAUGGCUCGUACAGAUCUGAAGCAGCUAAAGCUGAGGAGUUGUCUGAAAAACUGAAUGUGAAUAUCAGAGGAGAUCAGAUUGUGCUGGUUAACACGCCGCUCCGGAUGUUCACUGACUGGCAUGAUCGGAAUGUGUUCUUCGCGGGCCAGGGUUCCUCGUUGUGCAGCACCGCGCGGGAUCUGGGGUUUAAAAACCCGGUGGUUUUGAAGGAUAUUGUGAGGGAUAUCCCCAUGUUUGAUGUUAUUAGUCACAGAAACAGAAUAGCGUUAAAAUCUGGCGUGUUACCUGACGAACUACCGGACUAUAUGCCAAUAGAGGGUAUAGUUAUAGCUAAUACUCCAGUUAAUUGGGAUGCACACGUCCAGUUCCUGCUUGACUUACUACUGACACGUGGACAAUUGCGCGCAUCAGAUAAGAAAUCAAGUCAGCUCCCUCUUAUUGCAUGUAAUCCGGACCUUGUGUGGGCUAGUGAAUAUCACCUGCCUCGGUUAGCAUGCGGUGCGUUUGUUCACAUGCUAGCCCCACUUUAUGAAGAAAUGAGUGGGCGUGAGCUUGAAGUGACGUGGAUCGGUAAACCAACUGAGGUCACCUACAAGUACGCUCUAAACUCGUUGCGUGAGCAAGCUGCCUCGUUAGGUCAGCAAAUGAGUGAAGUGUAUGGUAUUGGUGACAAUGUGGAUGUUGAUGUAGUGGGAGCCAACAAUAACGGCCUUAACUCUGUGUUAGUGUGCACUGGACUUUACAAGAAUGAGAAGAUUGAUCUGACGAGGAAUGUAACGGUGCGGAGUAAGCGUGCGAGUGUCGUUGAGCCAAUCACUGCUGAUUAUGCAGCUAGCAAUAUAGGGAGGUUUAUUGAUCAUCUGUUGGGAUGA